GUGUGGGCUGGGAGCUGCCAGGAGAUGUGCAUCUGUGUCCUGGGCUCAGGAGUACUUGCUGCUGCUGCUGUAUAAGGACGCACAGUUGCAGGCACACAGGCAUGCACCCACUGCUUUCCUGAGACCCACCCCUUCUGUCCUCUCUCCCACACCACUCCGCACGGCAAUUUGGGGCCAAUCCAGCAUGAAACGAGGAUGAUGCCAGCAAGGAAAGGUCCGGACAGCAGAUACCCACUGCACUGCCUGGUGUGGCACAAUAAAUACAGGGAGCUUGAGAAGGAGCUUACAGACAAGCAGGAGCAUAUUGAGCAGGUAGACCCACGGGGACGAACCCCUCUUCACCUCGCUACAACACUGGGACAUUUGGAAUGCGCAAAAGUACUGCUAAAACAUGGUGCCGACGUCAGCAAGGAGAACCGCAGUGGUUGGACAGUGCUUCAGGAAGCCGUCAGCACACGGGACCUAGAAUUGGUGCGGCUGGUAUUAAGGUAUCGUGAUUACCAGAGGGCCAUCAAGCGUCUGGCAGGGAUUCCCAUUCUUCUGGAGAAACUUCGGAAGGCCCAGGACUUCUACGUAGAAAUGAAAUGGGAGUUUACCAGCUGGGUCCCUUUGGUGUCCAAGAUCUGUCCCAGCGACACCUACAAGGUGUGGAAGAGUGGACAAAACCUUCGAGUAGACACUACUCUUCUUGGGUUUGAUCACAUGACGUGGCAGCGAGGCAACCGCAGUUUCAUUUUCAAGGGUCAAGACACGAGUGCAGUGGUCAUGGAAAUUGAUCACGACAGACGUGUGGUCUUCACUGAAACCCUGACCUUUGGUUCCCAGGACCAUGAAGUUCUCCUGGCUGCUGUGCAGCCCACCGAGGAGCAGGCAAUGAGCCGGCUGACAGCCCCUGUAGUGACCACUCAGCUGGAUACCAAGAACAUUGCCUUUGAGAGGAACAAAUCAGGAAUCCUUGGAUGGAGAAGUGAGAAGACUGAAGUCGUCAAUGGAUAUGAGGCAAAGGUGUAUGGCGCUUCCAAUGUAGAACUUAUCACUAGAACCCGCACAGAGCAUCUAUCAGACCAGCACAAAGGGAAAAGCAAAGGCAGUAAAACCCCUCUACAGUCAUUCCUAGGGAUAGCAGAGCAGCACGUUGGACCAAACAAUGGGCAGACGUUAAUUACUCAGACCUUCAGCCAGACAAAUCCCACAGCCAUUACACCCGAUGAAUACUUUGACCCAAACUUUGAGCUGGGACAUCGGGAUAUGGGGAGGCCUAUGGAGCUCACUACCAAAACCCAGAAGUUCAAAGCCAAGCUAUGGUUGUGUGAAGACCAUCCACUGUCACUGUCUGAACAGGUUGCCCCCAUCAUUGACCUCAUGGCAAUAAGCAAUGCACUUUUUGCGAAACUGCGUGACUUUAUAACUCUCAGGCUACCCCCAGGGUUCCCCGUCAAAAUCGAAAUACCCAUCUUCCAUAUCCUGAAUGCUCGCAUAACUUUCGGUAACUUGAACGGAUGUGACGAGCCAGUGUCAUCCCUGCGCCAGAGUCCAAGCAGUGAGGCCCCCUCUCCGAGCAGUGACUCCUGCAGUGUUAGCAGCACCAGCUCAAUAAGUAUGAUGCCACACCAGGGGGACACGGGACAGAGGGCUGCCAACAGUAUGUGUCAGGCUCAGCAAGGCAAAUUCAUAGAGUCAAAGAGGCCCUGGGAUGGGGUGACAACAGAAAAAAAUGACCAUUAGCCAUGCAUCAUGUCACUAUCAGAGUAAUAAGUGAGCACAUUUGAUUAAAGUAGUAUAAUCAACAUCAACAUUUCAGAUAGGUCUUGUAGGCCUUCACCUCCGCUGGUUUUCCAGAAUACGCACACAGAAUGUUCCGUUUCCAUGGUGAUUUCAAGUACACCUUGCUGCAUCUCAUCCACAAAACUCAUCUCUGUGAAUGGAGCAGUAAUAUUCCUGUAUAUCUGUUUUUCAGCUUCUGGCAAAGGCUGUGAGAUGGACCAGUCAUUAUUUGAAGCACCUCGUGGUUACAGUAUGGUGGGUAGUUACCGGGAAACGAUGAGGGAGGAAGAGGAUGACCUGCUGCAGUUUGCUAUCCAGCAAAGUUUGUUAGAAGCCGGCAGUGAGUACGAUCAGGUUACAAUCUGGGAAGCUCUUACAAACAGCAAACCAGGAACCCAUCCUGUGUCCGGUGAAGGGCGGAAAGGAGAAAGAACCCCCCAGCACACACAGCCGCGCAGCCCUCCGCACACAGAUCCUAGCAAUGCAUUCAGCACUUACCAAGAGCAACUGCGGCUUGCCAUGGAGCUGUCGGCUAAGGAGCAGGAAGAAUCUGAAAAGCUGAAGCAGCAGGAGGAUGAAGAACUGGAAAGAAUCCUGCAGCUCUCCCUUACUGAGAAGUAACAGCACUUCUGUUAGACAGGACAACCAUCCCAGGAGGUCUACUGAGUCGGCCCAAAGGCUCACCCUGAAGCCACAGCUCUACAUGUGUUUAAAAAAGGAUUAUUUGUGAUUGGUGAUAGGUACAGACGGGGCUUCCUGUUACACAGAAUGCAUCACAACAAGAGCCAGAGGAAAGGGUCACACACCACUAGAGACUUUUAAUUUGACUACACCCAACCUUACAGCCACAACACCAGGAGUAGCUCGAUAAACCAUACACUGGAUACAGAUUCCACAAAAUAACAAUACUUGUUUCAUUUGGUGUGUAAUCCCUUUGCUGCUGGUGGCAAAAGUACAACAUUACACAUCAAGGCCCAAAAGUUGUUUUUUUUGUGGUUUAUCAGCAAACUGAUCAAUGUUUCUAAUAUGGUACCUACUUGUAAGUAAAGAAAUGUGAAUUCUC